AUGACAAUCCAGUAUCAGGCUGACAUCCAGGUAUCCCUGAUCUUCUGGUACCAUCAGGCCCCAGGACAGAGCUUGGUGCUGAUUGCAACUGGAAAUCAAGGCUCUGAGGCCACAUAUGAGAAUAGAUUUUCCAAGGACAAAGUUUCUCAUCAGCCACCCAAACCUAACAUUCACAACUCUGGCUAUGAUUAUUGGUUUCUCCCUUUCUCCACUCAAGUUGCUUUCCCCAUUGAUGAUGAUGACAAGAUCGUUGGGGGCUACACCUGUGCGGCAAACUCCAUCCCCUACCAGGUGUCCCUGAACAGUGGCUACCACUUCUGCGGAGGCUCCCUCAUCAAUAACCAGUGGGUGGUGUCUGCAGCUCACUGCUACAAGUCCCGCAUCCAGGUGAGACUGGGAGAGCACAACAUCAACGUUGUGGAGGGGAAUGAGCAGUUUAUCAAUUCAGCCAAGAUCAUCCGCCACCCCAAUUACAACAGCAACACCCUGAACAAUGACAUCAUGCUGAUCAAGCUUGCCUCGCCUGCAACCCUCAACUCCCGGGUGGCCAGUAUAUCUCUGCCUUCCUCCUGUGCGUCUGCUGGCACCCGGUGCCUCAUCUCUGGCUGGGGCAACACGCUGAGCUCUGGUGUCAAAAACCCAGACUUGCUGCAGUGCCUGGAUGCCCCUGUGCUCAGUCAGUCUUCGUGUGAAGCCUCCUACCCUGGAGAGAUCACCAGUAACAUGUUCUGCGCUGGCUUCCUCGAGGGAGGCAAGGACUCUUGCCAGGGUGACUCUGGUGGCCCCGUGGUCUGCAAUGGAAAACUUCAGGGAAUCGUCUCCUGGGGCUAUGGCUGUGCUCAGAAGAAUCUUCCCGGAGUCUACACCAAGGUGUGCAACUACGUGUCCUGGAUUCAGCAGACCAUUGCUAGCAACUGAGCCCCCGGUUCUGUUGCCAUACCUAC